AACAGGACCAGCUGUCUGGAUGUUGGUCAUAUGAUGUGCCGUUUUUCACUGUCUCUGCAAAAUUAAGGAAGAGUCGAAUGAACAGCGCUUUUAUAUUUACUGUCACUAAAAAGAAGAUCGUUUUUAAAACAGUCAGGUAUAGACGAGGGGUUUUCUUCAUCUGGAGGAGCAGGAAAAAUGACUGCAGCACUGCUGGAACAGUAUCGAGAGAGAAUCCGGACUGAACUGGACAGAGUGGUGGAUUUCUGGCUGAAAUUUUCCCAUGACAAAGAACACGGUGGUUAUUUUAACUGCCUUGGAAAAGAUGGGAAGGUCUAUGAUGAGCUGAAAUAUGUGUGGUUACAAGGGAGACAGGUCUGGAUGUACAGUAGGCUGUAUUGUACAAUGGAAAGAUUUCACAGACCUGAGAUUCUUGAGGCUGCUAAAUUAGGUGCUGCAUUUCUGCAAAAAUUUGCUCGGGUUCAGGCCCAGCGGCCCGGGGGGAAAUGUGCCUUCUGCCUGACGAGAGAUGGGCGAGCAGUGAAGGUUCAAAGAACGAUAUUCAGCGAGUGUUUUUAUGUGAUGGCCAUGGAUGAGCUGUCCAGGAUUACACAAGACAAAGAGAUGCAGGCGGAUGCUGAGAGCAUGAUGGAUCGGUUGAUAUUCUGGGUUCAGACUGAUUCGUCAGAACUCGGUCGUCCUCAACUUCCUGGUGAUCCACCAAUCAACAGCAUGGCAGUUCCCAUGAUGCUCCUGUGCCUGGUGGAUCAGCUGACUGAGGGUAGAACUGAUGUUGCAGAAAAGUACAAAGACCUGAGCAUGUGGUGUGUGGAACGGAUACUGCAGCAUAUACAGAGAGAUGGAAAAGCCAUUUUGGAAAAUGUCACAUUGAAUGGAAAGGAACUUCCAGGCUGUCAAGGGCGGUUGCAGAACCCUGGUCACGCUCUGGAGGCUGGCUGGUUCCUGCUGCAGUACGCACAGAAAAAAGGGGACGUGCAGCUGCAGAAGACAGCAGUGGAUAAGUUCAUGGAGAUCCCGUUCCAUACCGGAUGGGACAAACAACAUGGUGGCCUUUUCUACUUCCUGGAUGUAGAUAAUCAUUGUCCGACUCAGUUAGAGUGGAAUAUGAAGUUGUGGUGGCCUCACUGUGAAGCUCUGAUCGCCUACCUGAUGGCCUACAGUCACAACAGAGAGCCUGUGCUACUGGAGCGGUUCAAGCAGAUCUACGACUACACCUUCAAACAUUUUUCUGAUGAGGAACAUGGCGAGUGGUUUGGGUAUCUGAGUCGUCAGGGAGAAGUUGUGCUGGAUUUCAAAGGAGGACCCUUCAAAGGGUUCUUCCAUGUUCCUCGAUGUCUCUACAUGUGUGAGAAGCUUCUGGACGGUCUUCUUGAAAGGCAGGAUUCUUGAACUUGACAUUUUGCACUCCACAACCCAAGUGUGACAGGAAAUAUGAACUGAUGUUCUUGUAAUUGAUCAGAUUGCAUAAAAUGCAGUAAAUUAUACAAUUUUAAUCAUACAGAUUUAGAUUUUUCUACUCUAAUUGGGCCUUAUAACUGUCACAUUUAUAUUGAUGGGUUCGCAUGAAUAAUUUUUUUCUUUUUUAAAGCAAUUCAUCUGAUACUUAAAUGAAAAAGGGACCAUAUUGAUUGUUUAGAUUUAUGUUUACUAGCUUGUUUGUCUUGGAAAGGUUUUCUUAAUAUAAAAAGUUUUUAUUCAUGUGAAUUUAUAAAAAUGCUCUUGAACUUUAAACCACUACUCUGAUGAUCACGGUGCUGCUCUUAUGAUUGCCUCUUUUGGUCCAUCUAAUAAUUUUUUUUUUUUUUUUUUUUUCAUAUGUUAGUGUAUAAAACAAAUUCAUUCCAAAUGUACUGAAUAAACUGAUAUGUCCAC